AUGUUUAGAUCGCGUCCCAGAAUACUCUUCGCGGCCGUCAGCCCCAGGCGACCGAUUUCCUCCUGGAACGUCGGGGCCAACAUCAGGCAUUUCCGCCAAGCGAUGAAGAACUCGGGCUCGCCGUCGUUCGCUGUGCGCCUGCUAUAUUUGGGCGGAAUCGCAGCAGGCCUCAACCUGGCCUUUAAUUCCAUGCUUUUUGUGCUCACCAAUUUAUACAUGAACGAGCUAGAAACCAUCUCGUGGGACUUCGGCUUUAAGGCUAACACCGAGUUCAAAAAUGGCCUUGCGAACGAGAUGAUUAUCAACGAUCCAAAAAAGGCCAACCAGCACUACACCAAUGCUCUGAAGCUCGUCAGCAAGACCAAUGGGCUAGGAGAAGGCGAGUUGCUUGGGUAUAAGCAGCUCGAUAAAUAUUUACAACAAAAAGACAUAUCGUACAUCACGAGCUACAGUGAUCUUCUUCUUCGCUAUGCCUUGACGCUGGGCUCCAAGAGCCAGGACCGGGCGGUAGAAUGCAUACAGUAUGCGCUCAAAAUACAGGACAGAUAUGGGGAAAAAGCACAGACAGAGGUUGGUGCAUACUCGCUCCGAAAUCUGGGUCUUCGCUAUCUAGCAGACGUCGAGAAAGAGAACAAGCGGGUGGAUGCGGCCGUAAAUUUGCUCAAGGAGGCGAUUCAAGUGAUGCAGAAGCACGAAUUCUCUUAUUUGCCCGAGCCCGACGAGGUUCCGCCAACAGAAACUUGCUCAACGCAACUAGUUUCCUCAAUUAUCGAGCUGUGUGUUCUGUAUGCUUCGACGCGUGUGCCGGCCUACAUGAACAGAUCAUUCAAGCUGCUGCUGUCGCUCCUGACUAAUCUCGAAAAUGAGUCAGGUGUGCUAGCAAAGAGUGCGCAGCCCGAUGCCAAAAACAUUAACGCAGACAAGAUCCCACUUGUCAAGCUCCAAAUCAGCGAGAUACUAUGGUAUAAAGGGCAGCACGGACCUGCACUCGAGUUUGCCAAAGAGUCAGCAUGCCAGGCAGAUUUGUACUCACGGGACAAUGCAAAUAGCGCGAAGAUUGCCAAAACCGGCUACCAAAAUCUUGCUACCAUGUACUCUGAGCGAGGAGACAACGAAGCCGCCGAGCUGUGCAUGCUGAAGGCAGAUCGCAUUGAGAUUCCUGUCUCGGCGUUCGAUUCACCUUCGCGAACCGUCAGAAACACUGUAUUGCGGCAUUAUCUGGGGCCUUGGAGCGUUGCAUUUUUCGCUUAA